AUUGACAAAAUUUCCAAGGAUGAGCAAACCAUCUUCCGCCAAUAUGGCUGGUCAGAGGCAGGCACAAGGGCUGAAUCAGGCCAAGUUUUUGUCCGUGGUCGGCGCUUUACAGUCACUGCACUGCUCACCCUUGAAGGUAUAUCUGCGGGAACAGUUGUUGAGGGUUCUAUGAACUGCAACAUGUUCCUGGACUUUCUAGAGAAUGGGGUGGUGAGUUUAUCCUAUAAUCCA